AGAAGACUGCAUGGAGAACGAGGAAGUGCCGGCAAAUCAUGUGUGAGACAGAGGGGCCAGUUAGGUAGCAAGUUUUAGUUGACAUUUUUUCCAAACGAUACCUGUCUUCAGUUGUAUCACACUCAUGGCGGAGCGCGGCAGGAACAGCGGCCACCAAGCUGAAGCACAUGACGGGACAAACGACAGAAAUGUCCCUGAGCCUGGGUUUGGGACAGGUGACCUUACUGUGACUGUCCCUCGGGGGCUCCGGUCCUCAAAUCAUAACCAGAGGAAAAAGUUAGUCCUGCAUAUCGACCUCAACAACACCAUACUGGUGUCGGACGCCGUGACUGGCCAGGGGACUGUAGCUGCUCUGGACUAUUUUCUCACAACUGUCACCUGGGGAAAGAUGAGCAAACAAGGAAAGUGGGAAUGGCUGAGUGAUUCUCCCUCCCUGCUCCCACCGUGCAGUGAUGCUGUAAGUUAUUACUCUCAGUUUGGACGGAUACCAGGUUUCACAUCAGCUGCCGGGCGACGUUUCCGCGGAGUUCUGGAUGAGCAUCUGGACCUGCUUCGCUGGCCCGAGGGCAUCCAGAGGGACAGAGAGCUGGCUGUAAAAGGAGAGGAUGGACGACUGUACCACUGGAUCCUCCCCUCCUUCUUCCAGCUGCUCAAAGACCUGGUGCAGGAAGGAAGGGAGUUUGCUAUCCUUUUUCGUACGUUUGGAACCGACCUACCUCGUGUGCUGAAGGCUGUAUCCAGAGCCCUGAAUGAAGGGACUCAUCCACUGUUCCCGGAUCUGCCUGAUCUCAAGUUAAGUGUGAAUAUGACUCCAGGCAAGAUCCGCUGCAGCAAGACGGGAGUCGUGCUUAGCCGAGCCGAGGAACGCGUGUCGACAUGUGAUGGAGAAAGAGGCCUGUACCAGUACUUCAGCUCAGUCCAGGGCCUGGGGGGCUUUCAGGACCACUUUGACUGGUGGGCUACAAAUACCUUCUCCAUCCGUGGGGGAAAGCCGCUGUGGGUCGACCCCUUUGACCAAAAUGUUCAGCACAUCUUCAUAGAUGACAACAUAAGACAGAACGACGAGGAUACCAUAGUCCAUCCCAAGGUUUUCUUGGACCCAGGUGGGGCCGAGACUCGUACAGCCUGCACUUCUGAGCUCUAUGAUAUCACACUGGUCCAGACUGACCUCCUCCGGGCCAUUUCUGACCCGAGCCACUUCACUCAGCGCGUCCACAUCUGCCUGGAAAACUAUGAAAGGAAUCUCCAGCAGGGGACAGAGGGUAUGCACAUGACGUCACAGAACGCAGUUACGCUCGCUGAGUGGCAGAAAGACGAGCAGCAGUGUUGGCCUGAAUCAGCUAAAACACAAACAACACAUCACAAAUGGGAAAGAGCUGGACCACUGGUUCUUUGGUAAACAGUUGCCUUUUAAUUUGAGCAAAUAAUGACUUGUUUUACAAUCUGUUUGCUGAACGCAGCCAUGGUAACAGAUGUUUUUCCACUCAGUCCAGCGUGUUCCGGAAGGGGAAGUGACAUCAACGCAUACCCUCUAUAUUGCUUGUAAAUGUCACAAAGCGACCUAAUUAGAUCCAUAACGACACAUAUCAUUUCCUGAUCUGAUCAGGUAAGAGUAAUCCCCAUCCUUGCUCCGUCAGAGCACUUUGAUUAUACGAAGUAAUAUCUUCUGAAAGCACUGAGACAUAUCAUUAAGUUGAACAUGGGUUUGGGAUGUGUUGGCACUGAAUUAUUUACUGUGCUUUUUAUUAUUUGAAAGCGCCCUUGUGUGAAACAUUUAAUUUGUGUGGAUGUUUUGGUAAUUUGUGCUUUGAAGGUUUUAGAAAAUAUUUAUUGUUAAGCUUCCAGGGAGAUUUUUCAUUGCUGUAUUUUCCUGAGGUCAGAGAGUUAGGUUAGAGAGACCACUGAAGGCCAACAGUAUUAAUAAUCUAUCGACAAAUACUGAAAUGUAGGUUUCUGAGACCCACUGAGAACAGUUGAGUGAUAAUGCCAUUCUUAUACUUUUUUGAGUAUAUGGUGAGCAUGGAUUUCCUUAACAAGAGAACACGCAAGUGGAUAUAUUGAUAAGGAAAAUACAAAGACAAUAGUGGGUUGGAAGGCUUUGUUGGUGAUGGUUACAUUAAAUUAUUAUACACUUUUGCGUUGGCACAGUUUUCAUAACGGAGUUUCAUUGUGCAAACACAAAAUGCUAUACUCACACAAUGAAAACAUCCAUAUUAAAUGAGGUAAUAGAUCAUGCAUAGGUUAAUCAGAGCACCGCAGCAUUGAUAUGUUUAUCAGGGAAUUUUAAUCACUGUUGCAUAUGAGAGUAAAUUAAUAAUUAGGAUAUACUGCUGUCAAACAGCUCAUAUCAAAACAGUCUCAAGUGAUUGUUUCCCUAAGACUGUACAAGUGGCAAGAAAAUAGUUGAUGUAGGGCAAGAAUUACCUAAAUUUUAUUUAUUAAAUAUGUUUUAUUACUGUAAAUAUAGACAACAAUAAAUUCUACAUUCAUACAAGUUAAAAUGACUACUUUACUGCAUCAGUUUACUUUUCCUGCUCUGUGUCUACCACAAAGUUUGUUGCAUAUUGUUCAAGACACCAAGCGCAUGGCAGUUACUUGUAUACGUUUGAUUAUCUAGAAUACAGUAAACUACAGUAUUAUGAAAAGCAGGCAGAAAUGCCUGCAAGCACAUGUUGCAUUGAUUCAAAAUAAAAAACAUAAUAGGACAAAUUUCUUGCAUUAGGAGUUUUGCACACUGAAACUCUCCCAUGAAAACUUAAGCCUAAGCAAUUGUUAAGUACUGUCAUAUUGUGCAUUGAAGUCUCAUCACAUGGUUAAUGAUGCUGCCAUGCAUUUGAAUGCUCAUCACAUUAAAUCUUGUACAUUUUAUUUAUUUUUGUGAAAUAUUUCCAUUUGCUGUUAAAUAAAUCUGUAAGGUUUUUAUUAAACUAUUCUGUGUUUUGCAUAAUGACAGCUUACUGUACACACACAACAUAAGAUGAUUCAUGUAUUAGAGUUCAUUUGGUUUGGCCAUCGCUGCUCAGUAUAAAUCUUUGUUGAUCAAUAUCUGUACUUGUUUGUGGUGUAACUUCUGUGUGUAUGUGACCAGGUCAGGUCCAUUGGGGAUUAAUUAAAGAAAAUACAAAGGGUGGUAAGAACAUUAA